AGCUUCCGAGCUUUUCCUCCUCCGUCUUCCACCAGACAAAGCAAAGCAGAGGAAACGCAUAGAAAUUGCGAUUGCUCUCUGCCUAUUUUUUUCCACAAAAUCCAAUCUUUGUUUCACACACAAACUCCAACACAGAGACAGGAAAUCGGGCUGUAUUUAAUCAGCUCUUCACGCUUCCCUGUAAUUUGCUCCGUUCAUCUGAGCUCUGAGCUUUGAUGCUGAAACAAUCAAGAAUCCUGCUCUCUGGGUUUCUUCCCCCUUUUGUCUGCCAUUGAUGCAUUUCCAGGCUACAUUUGAUGGCGAGCCGACAGUAGAAGAUUUCCUCGGGAACUCUGAGCUUUUCUUAAGGGGAGAUGGCCCCGACGGGUGGAGUUUUCGCCCUUUUUAUCGUUCUUUCUUCGUGGGCGUUGAUGAAGAGUGGCCUGAGCUACGGUUCUGAUAGCGAUAUCCAGUGUUUGCGGAGCAUUAUGGAAUCGGUUGAAGACCCUUAUAAUUACUUGAACUCCACAUGGAAGUUCGGUAACAAUUCAAAUGGCUUCAUAUGUAAGUUCACUGGUGUUGAGUGUUGGCAUCCCGAUGAGAACCGGGUCCUCAAUAUCAAGCUUGGAGACAUGGGACUAAAAGGCCAAUUCCCUCAAGGGAUCAUAAACUGCUCAACCAUGACAGGCUUAGACCUCUCGAACAACAGGUUCAAUGGAGAAAUCCCAUCUAAUAUAUCAAAGAUACUGGCCUACGUGACCACUCUUGAUCUCUCGUCUAAUAGUUUCUCGGGAGGGAUCCCGGUGGAUAUUUCAAAUUGCACGUACUUAAACAUUCUUAAGCUCGACCACAACCAAUUGACUGGCCAGAUCCCUCUGGAGCUCAGCCGUCUCGACAGAAUCAAACAGUUUAGUGUGUCCAAUAAUCGUCUGUCAGGGCCCAUCCCAGUAUUUUCUAAGAAUGCGACGAUCACAGAGGAUGAUUAUGCGAACAACCUUGGGCUCUGUGGAUACCCGCUGCCUCUUUGUGAGAACACUGCUUCGAAAAGCUCGAAUACAAAAGUCAUUGCAGGGGCAGCUAUUGGCGGGGUGACCUUUGCAGCCAUGUUUACAGCCAUUGUGCUGUUUGUGUUCUUGCGACGUAGAGUGUCGAUGAAGAAGGAUGACGAUCCCGAAGGAAACAAGUGGACAAAGAGCUUAAAGGGAAGCAAAGGUGUUAAGGUUUCGAUGUUCGGAAAGUCUGUCUCGAAGAUGAAAUUAAGCGACCUAAUGAAGGCCACAAACAAAUUCAGCAAGAGCAACAUAAUCGGGACCGGAAGGACAGGAACAAUGUACAGCGCUGUGCUCGGAGACGAUACUUCCCUCAUGGUCAAGAGGCUCCAGGACUCGAAGCAUUCUGAGAAGGAGUUUAUGUCCGAGAUGGCGACCCUGGGGAGGGUCAAGCACAAAAACUUGGUCCCUCUCCUCGGCUUCUGUAUGGUCAAAUCGGAGCGGCUCCUGGUAUACAAACACAUGCCCAAUGGGACCCUCCACGACUGCCUGCAUCUUUCUGAGGAUGAGAAAAGGGCAAUGGAGUGGCCCCUGAGGCUGAAGAUUGCAAUCGGGGCAGCUCGAGGGUUUGCGUGGCUCCACCACAAUUGCAACCCCCGGAUCAUCCACCGAAACAUAAGUUCCAAGUGCAUCCUUCUGGACUCGGAUUUUGAGCCGAAGAUCUCUGAUUUCGGCCUUGCCAGGCUCAUGAAUCCAGUCGACACCCAUCUGAGCACAUUUGUAAAUGGUGAGUUCGGGGACUUGGGUUAUGUUGCACCUGAGUAUUCACGGACACUGAUGGCCACCCCGAAGGGCGAUGUGUACAGCUUCGGGGUCGUUCUGCUAGAGCUAGUGACGGGUGAGAGCGCCACUCGUGUGACGAGGGAUCUGGAGGCUUUCAAUGGGAACCUCGUUGAGUGGAUACGACAGCUAUCGGAAAACUCGAACCUGGAGGAUGCAAUCGAUGAGUCCCUGGUAGGGAAGGGUGCCGACAGCGAGAUCUUUCAGACUCUAAAGGUUGCCUGCAGUUGUGUGUUGGCGCCGGGGCCAAAGGAGAGGCCCACCAUGUUCGAGGUCUAUCAGCUACUGAGAGCCAUCGGCGGGAGGUACAAUUUCUCCACUGAGAACGAGUUAUCGAUGCCUACUGAUAAUGGCAAUGCGGACCGCUUGGAGGAGCUCAUUGUUGCUCAAUGAGGGUAGAAUUAUGUACUCUGUGAUCUAAAUAUUCAGGUAAGAAGUUAGAUAUGGUCAGGACAGCAUCGAACGAACAAUCGUUCUCUCGUGUACUAUAUACAUAAACUUCAAUGAUCUUAUAUAAAUCUCAGGCGAAGUUAAAUUCCUUAAA